GUGAGCAUGGGCAGGUGUGUGCAGAUGAGUCCAGGUGUGCUCAGGUGUGAGGGUGUAGUGUGCACAGGUGAGCCUGACUAGGUGUGCUCAGGAGACCAUGGACAGGUGUGCACAGGUGUGUGGGUGAGGUGUGCACAGGUGAGCACGGACAGGUGUGCACAGGUGAGACAUGUACAGGUGUGUGCAGGUAUGGACAGCUGUGUGUAGGUGAGACAUGAACAGGUGUGUGCAGGUAUGGACAGGUGUGCAUGGUGAGACAUGGGCAGGUGUGUGCAGUUAUGGACAGGUGUGCAUGGUGAGACAUGAACAGGUGUGUGCAGGUAUGGACAGGUGUGCAGGUGAGCAUGGACAGGUCUGUGGGUGUCGUGUGUGCAGGUGAAACAUGGACAGGUGCGUGCAGGUGAGCUCCUGGUGCCCAGGUGAGGCUGUGGUGUGCUCAGGUGAGCCUGUGACACCCCCAGGUGAGCCCGAGGAGGGCCAGGUGCGCCUGGCCGGGGGCCCGCACAGGUGCGCGGGGCGCGUCGAGGUGUUCCACGCGGGCAGGUGGGGCACGGUGUGCGACGACGCCUGGGACCUGGCGGACGCGCAGGUGAGCUGCCGCCAGGUGCGCUGCGGCCCCGCCCUGUGGGCGCCAGGUGCGGCGCAGUUCGGGCGCGGCUCAGGUGUGAUCUGGCUGGACGAGACGCAGUGCAGCGGCAGCGAGGCGCACCUGGCCGAGUGCCCCGCCCGCGCCUGGGGCCGCAACAACUGCUACCACGGGGAGGACGCGGGCGCCGUGUGCGCAGGUGUUUCAGACUCGCUGGAGCCGGAGCCGCCUCACCUGCGCCUGGCCGGGGGCGGGCACCGCUGCGAGGGGAGGGUGGAGCUGCUGCACCUGGACAGGUGGGCCGGGGUCUGCGGGCACACCUGGGGCCAGCGCGAGGCUCAGGUGGUCUGCAGGUACCUGGGCUGUGGGACCCCCCUGGCUGCCCCACCUGGGCACACACCUGGGGAUGCACCUGGCGACACACCUGGGGACACACCUGGGCAGGUGUGGCUGGAGCAGGUGAGCUGUGAAGGCACCGAGAGAAACCUGAGCCAGUGCAAGGCGGGGCCCUGGCAGGAGCACACCUGUGCCCAGGGGGGCGUGGCCAACGUGACGUGCUCAGGUGGGUGUGACGUCAUCCUCACCUGGGUGUGCUACCACGGGGAGGACGCGGGCGCCGUGUGCGCAGACUCGCUGGAGCCGGAGCCGCCUCACCUGCGCCUGGCCGGGGGCGGGCACCGCUGCGAGGGGAGGGUGGAGCUGCUGCACCUGGACAGGUGGGCCGGGGUCUGCGGGCACACCUGGGGCCAGCGCGAGGCUCAGGUGGUCUGCAGGUACCUGGGCUGUGGGACCCCCCUGGCUGCCCCACCUGGGCACACACCUGGGGAUGCACCUGGCGACACACCUGGGGACACACCUGGGCAGGUGUGGCUGGAGCAGGUGAGCUGUGAAGGCACCGAGAGAAACCUGAGCCAGUGCAAGGCGGGGCCCUGGCAGGAGCACACCUGUGCCCAGGGGGGCGUGGCCAACGUGACGUGCUCAGGCUCGGCGCUGGCCACGCCCCCCCGGGGGGGGGCCGGCAGCGGCCCCGUGUGGCUGGACGGGCUCACCUGCACAGGUGAGGAGGGGGCGCUGUCCGAGUGCCGCCACAAAGGGUGGGGCGUGCACACCUGCGAGCACAACGAGGACGCCGGAGUGGUGUGCGCAGGUUCGGGCCUGGCUGACCUGACUCACCUGCGCCUGGCCGAGGGCCCGCACAGGUGUGCUGGGCGUGUCCAGGUGCAGCACGAGGGGCGCUGGGGGGGGGUCUGCGGCCUCACCUGGGCCCUGCCCGCAGCUGACGUCACUUGCCGCUACCUGGGCUGCGGCCCCGCCCUCCGGGCCGGCCAGGUGAGCGUCGGGACGGAGGAGCUCACCUGGGUGGAGUCGCUCAGGUGUAACGGCAGCGAGGGGAACCUGCUGGAGUGCCAGGUGAAGGUGUGGGGCGCCCCCCCCUGUCCGCACGCCAACGUCACCUGUGCGCAGCGAGGUGAAGCCCUGCCCCCCUCGAAUGGGACCCUGGCACCCUCAGGUGAGCCCGAGGAGGGCCAGGUGCGCCUGGCCGGGGGCCCGCACAGGUGCGCGGGGCGCGUCGAGGUGUUCCACGCGGGCAGGUGGGGCACGGUGUGCGACGACGCCUGGGACCUGGCGGACGCGCAGGUGAGCUGCCGCCAGGUGCGCUGCGGCCCCGCCCUGUGGGCGCCAGGUGCGGCGCAGUUCGGGCGCGGCUCAGGUGUGAUCUGGCUGGACGAGACGCAGUGCAGCGGCAGCGAGGCGCACCUGGCCGAGUGCCCCGCCCGCGCCUGGGGCCGCAACAACUGCUACCACGGGGAGGACGCAACCUGUCACCACGUGGAGGACGCCAGCGCCAUCUGCGCAGGUGAGGCACCGACAGACUCGGGGCUGUCCGGGACGCCCCAGGUGCGCCUCUCAGGUGCGCCCGACAGGUGCGUGGGGCGCGUGGAGGUGCUGCACCAGCACGUGUGGGGCACCGUGUGCGACGACACCUGGGGGCUGCGAAACGCGCAGGUGGUCUGCGCUCACCUGGGCUGCGGCCGCGCCCUGAGGGCGCCAGGCGGGGCCAGGUACGGGCGGGGCUCGGGGCCCAUCUGGCUCGAUGACGUCACCUGCAGGGGCGACGAGCCCGACCUGUUCAGGUGCGACCACCGCACCUGGGGGGACCACAACUGCCACCACGGGGAGGAUGCAGGUGUGGUGUGCGCAGGUAACUCCAGCUCAGGUGAGGUGCGGCUGGUGGCCGGGCCGCACCUGUGCGCAGGUAGGGUGGAGGUGCUGCACGAGGGGCGCUGGGGGACGGUGUGUGAGCGCGGCUGGGACCUGAGAGAUGCAGAGGUAGUGUGCCACCAGGUGGGCUGCGGCCGGGCGCUGGAGGCUCUGGGCGGGGCGCGGUUCGGGCAGGGCUCAGGACAGGUGUGGCUGAGCGACCUCACCUGUGCAGGCCUCGAGCAGCACCUGGGGCAGUGCCCCGGCCCCACCUGGGGCAGCAACACCUGCGGGCACAAUGAGGACGCGGGGGUCGUGUGCGCAGCCCAUCCCUUCACACCCUCACCUGCCCACCCCUCACCUGUCCCACCGGAGCCCUCGGAGCCCUUCCAGGUGCGCCUGGUUGACGGGCCGCACAGGUGCGCCGGCCGCGUGGACAGGUGUGCUGAGCCCUUCCAGGUGCGCCUGGUUGACGGGCCGCACAGGUGCGCCGGCCGCGUGGAGGUGUCGCACCUGGGCAGGUGGGGCACGGUGUGCGACGACAGCUGGGACCUGAGCGCCGCCCGCGUCACCUGCCGCCACCUGGGCUGCGGCCCCGCCCUGAGCGCACCUGGGCGCGCGCGCUUCGGGCCCGGCCGCGGCCCCGUCUGGCUGGACCAGGUGCGCUGCUCAGGUGAGGAGCUCACCUUGGACAGGUGCCAGCGGCCGGGCUGGGGAGAGCACGACUGCGACCACGGGGAGGACGCGGGCGUAGUGUGUGCAGGUGCCAACCCCCCCCAGGUGCGGCUGCGGGACGGCCCCGGGCCCUGCGCGGGGCAGGUGCAGGUGCAGCUGAACCACACCUGGCUGCAGGUGUGCGGCCUCACCUGGGGGCUGCCCGAGGCGCAGGUGCUGUGCAGGCAGCUGGGCUGCGGCCCCGCCCUCAGCGCACCUGUGGGGCCACACCUGCCGGGGGAGCCGCACCUGGCCGGGCUCACCUGCGACGGCUCCGAGUCGCAGCUCCUGGAGUGCUUCGGGGAGUGGGUGGGGCCCAGCACCUGCACAGGUGGGGUUGCCCAGGUGCGCUGCGUCAUGCCCAAAGGUGUGGCCCCCAGCUGCACCUACCUGGUGGCGCUGCUGGUGCUGAUGAUGUCACUGGGCGGGGCCCUGCUCUGGCUCACCUUGCGGGCCAGGUGUGUCCCAGCUCACCUGGGCACCCCGAGGGCCCCCAGUUCCAUUUACCUGCCCAGGAGAGCCUCACCUGGUGAGACCCAGGUGCUGCAGCUGAAGGACGACGCCCCCUGAGCUCACCUGGAACUCACCUGGUGGAGCUCACCUGGAAUCUCUCACCUGGAACUCACCUGGUGGAACUCAUCCGGGAACUCACCUGGUGGAGUUCACCUGGAACUCACCUGGAGCCUGGAACUCACCUGGAAUCCUCACCUGCAAUCUCUCAGCUGAACCUCACCUGGCCCGUCUCACCUGGAGUCCUCAUCUUGCCCCUCUUACCUGAACCUCACCUGGCUCCUCUCACCUGAACCUCACCUGGAAUCUCUCACCUGAACCUCACCUGGCUCCUCUUACCUGGAAUCCUUCACCUGGAACUCACCUGGAAUCUCUCACAUGAACCACACCUGACUGCUCUCACCUGGAACUCACCUGGAAUGCCUCACCCGGAAUUGUUCACCUGACCUCUCUCACCUGGAAUCCUCACCUGAACCUCACCUGGCCACUCUCACCUGGCUUCUGCCCCGCCCCCGUCCUUGGCAGCACUCAGGGGCUCAGGUGUCUUCACACACCUGGGCAGGUGAAUAAAUUAAAA